CUCAGCUCCUCCUAGCAUGUUCUAGGGGUCCCCUGAGCCUGAUUUUACAGUGCUGUAUACCCAAAGGAACUCAGUGCUUUGCCUAGGUGAUCUCAUCUCUGUUGACGGCCUCAAAUUGCCCAAGAAGCCUGGUGUUAAUCAUGAAUUUGGCAGCCUUGAUUAUACCCAAUGUUUCAUUAAAAGAUCUCGAGACAGUCUAGAGGGAACAGAGAAGACAUUAUUUCUCAACUUCAUUCGGUUCAUGCACAAGUGGCUGCCUGAAGAGCGAAGGACUGCCAAAGAACUUCUUGACGAUCCUUGGUUGAAUGGGCAACUGGACUGAAGGAAACUCUUAAACCUCCUGCAUUCCCUGCGCAGGUUGAGAGAGGGGCUCUGUUGGGAUCUCUCUUUUUGACCAAUGAGAGACAUUGUUGAGACGCUGCUGCAAGGAAAGCCGGUUGCAAGGCCGAUGAUGCACAUCAGCGGAUCACACAAGUAGGCAUGAUUUGGAUGACUCAUGAGUCCCAUUGACAUCCUUCCUCAACUUGUCUUGCCCGGGACGGAGGUGGGCGAGUAGGACGGACAGGCAGGCUGACGGAACGGCCGGGAACUUCACAUGGUGGCAGAGCAAGAGCUACAAAUAGGCUGCAUUCCAUCCAUCACACUAAAAAGCCAGGCUCUAAGAUAUGACUAUAGGGAAAUUUCCUUGCUUUUCCUUUGUCUGAAUACGUCUCGCACUAAGAAAGGCUCAGGCACCACCUGCUACGUGAACUCCAAUCAUAUUCCUUUGCCUUCACCUGGUUUCCUGCCCCCAGGAGAAGCCUGAACAA